AGUUCUUCUCUGAAGCAGCCUGGUCUCGUGGCCGAUCGAUGGCCGCCGUGCAGCCGCGCGUAGCCCCACGCCGGCAUCGCCCGCCGCCUCUGCUGGUCCCGCCGCUACCAGCGGCACCGUCGCAGGAGCCGGUUGCGCGGCCGCAGCUUCCGUGCAAGAGGAGCCGUUCAGACGCCGUCGCCGUCGUCGCCCACGGCAGGAAGGAGAGGGUGGCGGAGUCGUGCUGCCCCUCGUCGCGGCUGGACCAGCUGGAGCUGGUGCUGCUCGACGACGACAGCGGCGACGAGGACGACGGCUGCGGCAGCUGCGUCGACGGUGCCGGUGGUGCUGGCUGCGGACAGGACGAGGACGAGGAGGAGAGCGGGAGCCGCGGUGUCGCUGUCGCCUGGUGGAGCCAGGACACCGGUGGCGGCGGCCGCCGCUCCCUAUGGGCGAACGGGAGCAUAGCGACCGAGGGCGGCCACUUACCCACCGACGGUGAGCACGACGACGAGGACCCUACGGUGGCGGCGGCGAGGCGGCAGGAGGAGGACCGCAAGUUCUGGGAGGCGUGCCUGGCGUCGGGUUACCCAUGAACCUGCAGGUGCUUGUCGUGCUUCUUCUUGAUUAGAAGUUUGUUUGUUUGAUCGAUGCCGACGGCGACAAGAAGAAGGCUGUUGUUAGGACAAAGUUAAAAGUUAGUGCAUGGUAUGUAUGGCGUGUAAAUUGCAAUCAUGAAACAAAGAUGCAUGGAUGGCCAAACAGCUGCGCUACUGGUAGAUUGUCACAUUGCUUCAUUCAUCAGAAAUAAUAAGAGCGUGUGGGCAAUCCUGCUGGGCUGGCAAUGUUGAUGCGCUUCUUUGUGGUUUUGGCCUUGGUUUAUUUUUCUGUGUCCGUGGUACAAGACGGGGAUAAUGUGGAAAUCGCUAAAAUUUAGAUGUCUAGAUUUUUAGCUUCGUUUCAUGUGAUGGCUAUUGUAUAUAUUUUGGAUUAAAAUUAUAGUUUUAGUUUGUUGCAAUU